AUAAUCUAUUCUUUAGAAGUUUAAACGAUAGGCAAAUUAAAUAGUACUUUUAUUAAACCACUCAAUCUAUUAAAACAACAGUUAAAGAAUUGCAACUGUAAUCAAACAAUUUGACAAUUAGUUGCAACUGACUUCCAUACUAUAUCCAGAAGAAAGUUUAGUAUUCUUAACAAUUCGAAACCCCCUAACGAAGUUUUUUUUAACCUAUCUCGGGUAUUUAUAAGGAAAGCAAUUAUUUCUAUUCGAAUUCUUCAACCCCUUGGAAUAUAGUGGACUGGAUCCUGUGUAUUUUUUCGAGUACCUUUCUUAUUAUAAUACUGAUUGCAUUUCGAGAAAGCAAAAAGCAAAAAACACCUCUUCAGAAUCCUUUCCUUACUUAUUCGUGUAACGAAUAGAAAAUUUUAACUCGAGGCCCUUCUAUUACAGAACUACCACCAAACUCUUCAUAACUGCUAUUUAAAUAUGGGUGCCUGUUGUAGUUGUUUAUCUUCCCGUCAUGGUGAUGGUAAGUAUCCACCACUUCUUUUAGCCGAAAAUGAAAGAGAAGCCAUUUCAGCAUUAUUACAAUACUUAGAAAACCGUUCAGAUGUGGAUUUCUUCGGGAAUGGUCCGUUGAGAGCUCUUAGUACCUUGGUGUAUUCGGAGAAUAUCGACUUACAAAGAAGUGCUGCAUUGGCCUUUGCUGAGAUUACCGAAAAGGAUGUCCGAGAAGUAAACAGAGAUGUUUUGGAGCCAAUACUUAUUCUUCUUCAAAGUGCAGACUCCGAAGUUCAACGUGCCGCAUGUGGUGCGCUCGGUAAUCUUGCUGUUAACAAUGAGAAUAAGUCACUUAUUGUAGAAAUGGGUGGAUUAGAACCACUUAUUAGACAGAUGAUGUCAACAAACAUUGAGGUUCAAUGUAAUGCCGUGGGAUGUAUCACAAACUUAGCCACACAAGAUGACAAUAAAUCAAAGAUCGCUAAGAGUGGUGCCCUUAUUCCAUUGACUAAGUUGGCUAAAUCUAAGGAUAUUAGAGUACAAAGAAAUGCAACUGGUGCUUUGUUAAACAUGACACAUUCUGGUGAAAACAGACAAGAAUUGGUGAAUGCUGGAGCGGUCCCUGUUUUGGUUUCGUUGUUGGCUAAUGAGGAUGCAGAUGUUCAAUACUAUUGUACUACUGCCUUGUCAAAUAUAGCUGUUGACGAAAUGAACCGGAAGAAACUUUCCACAACCGAGCCAAGAUUGGUAAGUCAAUUGGUUAACUUGAUGGAUUCUCCAUCUCCAAGAGUACAAUGUCAAGCAACCCUUGCUUUAAGAAAUUUGGCUUCUGAUUCCGGAUACCAAGUUGAAAUUGUCAGAGCUGGAGGAUUACCACAUUUGGUACAUUUGCUCACAUGUAACCAUCAACCUUUGGUUCUUGCAGCUGUUGCAUGUAUCAGAAAUAUUUCAAUUCAUCCUUUGAAUGAAGCAUUAAUAAUCGAUGCCGGCUUCUUGACACCUUUGGUGGAUUUGUUGGAUUACACCGACCUGGAAGAAAUCCAAUGCCACGCUGUGUCCACCUUACGUAACUUGGCCGCUUCAAGUGAAAGAAAUAGACUUGCCUUGUUGGCUGCUGGUGCAGUAGACAAAUGUAAGGAAUUAGUGUUGAAAGUUCCUCUUACUGUUCAACUGGAAAUCCUGGCAUGUUUUGCUAUUUUAGCAUUAGCCGAUGACCUCAAGCCUAAUCUUUACGAAAGCCAUAUAAUAGAUGUAUUGAUUCCAUUAACCUUUAGUGAAAAUGGUGAAGUUUGUGGUAAUUCUGCUGCUGCAUUAGCCAAUUUAUGCUCGAGAGUUUCUAACGAACACAAACAAUACAUCUUGGAUAACUGGACUCAUCCAAAUGAAGGUAUUCAUGGAUUCUUGCUUAGAUUUUUACAAAGUGGAAGUGCCACUUUUGAGCAUAUCGCCUUGUGGACUAUUCUACAACUUUUGGAAUCCAAUAACGUAGAGAUUAAUUCUUUGAUAAAAGAAAAUGAAUCAAUCUUAUCUGGUAUUAAGAACUUGAGUACUUCUCAACAACAAUUCCAACAAAACUUGCAUUCAGCCAACAACGAUCUGAAUGAUCAAUUUGAUGAUCCAAAGGUCGAAUUGUUCAAUUUGACACAACAAAUCUUACAAAUUUUGGGUUAAUAUCAAGCUGUUUAUUGCUAUUAUUAGUCCUGCUUCUCUC